AUGACCCGGGGUACUCUUCAAGUUCUUCUGAAAAAUAUAAAUGCCAAAGGUCUUGAAAAUUCUGAUUAUCUCAAUAAGAUGGAUCCCUAUGUGAUCUUGAGUUACGGAGGCCGGAAGCAAAAUAGCAAAAUUGCAUCAGGACAAGGAUCUGAACCAGAAUGGAAUCAAACAUUUACAUUCGAUGUGAAUAAUUCUGGUGGUUCAGAUCUUACCUUAAAAUUUUUGGACAGUGAUUAUGGUACAGAGGAUGAUUGUGUCGGAGAAGCUACUAUACCACUAGAACCAGUCUUACAAGAAGGCAGUGUUCCAACAGCAUCAUACAAUGUCGUCAAAGGUCAAGAAUUUCGCGGACAGAUCAAACUCAGCCUCUUCUUCACCCACAAGGCUCACGAUCACGGGGUAGCUGCACAAGAAGAAAGCUAUGGUGGAUGGGGAAACUCUCAUUAG